AGCCCAGAUCGGCUUUAUUCAGGCUUUAAACCUGCAUUACUUCAGCGAAUCCUAUUCUGCAUUUCACUGGCUUUGCGAUGCUGUUCCGGACGCUGGUUGUUCCGUUGGUCUUCGCAUUAGUGGCCGUCUCUCUUUCUGCGCCCAUAAACGAUGGAACAGACAAUGACGAGGCUGCAGCACUCAGCGCAAAGACAAACGGAGAUCCUCCCACUUCAAGUCCUGUGAAUGGAGACUCAGCAGGACCUACAGAUGGGACUGAUUCAUCAGAGAAUAAACAAGGGCCCAGUGACACUACAGAUAAACCAGAAGUCGAUGGUGCUCCCGAUACAUCAUCGGACACAAACAAUGACACAAGCAUGGAUGAAACCACCGGCAGCCCAGAUUCCACAGAAAUGUCUAAAUCAGACACAACGGAUACAGAAAAAGAGACAGAUGGAGAAACAGCUACUGACACUAAUACAGACGCAUCAGAGUUAAAGACAGAUGAGUCGGAUGAAAACACAGCAAAACCAUCAACGGAAGAGAAGACAGAUGCUAAACAUGUGGAUACAGAGAUCGCAGACUCUACGGAAAAGCAAUCCACAGACACGGAUGAAGUGGUGGAUAAUGACACAGACAAGGACUCGGCAAGAGUCGAAAAGAAAGACACAGAAACACCUGAUGACACAAGCAACAGUUCUCCAGAGAAAACAGAAGAUUCACCUGACAAGGACUCUUCAGAAAAAGAUGAGCCCCAGGAAUCUGAUGAUACUGACAAAGACAAGACAGAUAAAGACUCAGAUGACAAGAGUGAAAAUAAAGACUCGGAGGAACAAGGAACCUCUGAAAGACCAGAAAAAAGCAAAACAGACAGCGAUUCAGAUGCUGAUGAGGUCAAAGAUUCAAAUGAUUCCUCUGACAAAGAUUCAGAUGAUUCCUCUGACAAAGAUUCAGAUGAUUCCUCUGACAAAGAUUCAGAUGCCAAAGACACAGACAGCACAGAGAAGAAAGACACGGACACAGAGACCGAUGUAAACACCUCUGAAAAAGACACAGACAGCACAGAGAAGAAAGACACGGACACAGAGACCGAUGUAAACACCUCUGAAAAAGACACAGACAGCACAGAGAAGAAAGACAAGGCCUCUGAGACCGAUGUAGACACCACAGAGAAAGACACAGACAGCGACCAAGACACAGCAGAUUCUCCUGACACGGCAGACGUGAAGGACAGCACAGAGAAAGAUGACGAUGGAGACAGUGAGGACACCAAAGACAAGGAUGAGAACAAGGAGACGGGUGACCACAGCGAUGAGGGUAAGGAUAAGGAAGAUGAGUCCAAACCAGAGGAGAACGACAAGGGAGAUGAGGUUUCUCAAGAAGACGCCGCGAGCAGUCAGUCUGAUGAGAGUCCGCUGAAGGAGACGGAAGACAAGCAAGAAGACAAAGCUGACGGUGACAGCUCCAGUUCGGACUCGGACAGCAAGGACGACAGCAAAGACAAAGACCAGGAGAAGAACAGCACAGAAUCCACAGACACGGAACGUCACAGCAGUGACAGCAAGACCGACACGGAUAGCUCAGAAACAGGAGGAGAAGAUACUGAUGAUGACAAUGAGUCCAACAGCAUGGAACAUGAGAAACAAGAUUCCCCACAGGGAGCAUCAAGUGAGACAAAUGACGACUCUGAUGUCGAUUCAAAUGACCACAGUGACUCUGCAGCAUCUCUUGAUUCAUCUCUUGAAACUGCUGAUGAAAAUGUUGGUACAGACAGCCAUGAUUCUUUAGGUGAUGACACGGAUGUCCACGGUGUUCAUGCCGAUGAGAAGGGUGCUCCAUCUAAAACCGAUGAUCAUCUUGAUGACACAACACAAGGGUCAGAUGAUGGCAGCAAAACCCCCGUGCCAAGCUCCUAGCGACAAGGACACCGCGACAGCAAAUGAACAGAAUUUUCCUGGAGAGACAAAAAAAUCGACAGACACAGUGAAGACAACCAGAGUUUCUCGUCCCAUUAAAUCACUCUAUUGACACCUCUCUCUCUCUCCCUCUCUCUCUCUCUCUCUCUCGCUCUCUCUCUCUCGCUCUCUCUCUCUCUCUCUCUCUCUCUCUCUCUCUCUCUCUCUCUCUCUCUCUCUCUCUCUCCCUCUCCCUCUCCCUCUCACUCUCUCUCUCACUCUCUCUCUCUCUCUCUCUCUCUCUCUCUCUCGCUCCCCCUCUCUCUCUCUCUCUCUCUCUCUCUCUCUCUCUCUCUCUCUCUCUCUCUCUCUCUCUCUCUCUCUCUCUCUCUGUCUCUCUCUCUCUCUCUCUCUCUCUCUCUCUCUCUCUCUCUCUCUCUCUCUCUCUCUCUCUCUCUCUCUCUCUCUCUCUCUCUCUCUCUCUCUCUCUCUCUCUCUCUCUCUCUCUCUCUCUCUCUCUCAGUGGUGAAAAGGUUUUGGGAAGCAGAUUAAAUUAUUCGGCUGUUUGGUGUACAUUCCAUUUUUUAACGUCGUCCUAACGCUAGAAUUUUUUUGUUCAUUUGACCAGUCUUAGAUGGAUAUACAUGAUGAAAAAUGAGAUGAAAAAGAUGAAAAACAUCUCAUGUAUUUGUCUGUGUAUUUAGGGUCUAAAUAUAUAACGACACAUUACGAGUGACAGAUUAAAUCUAGGCAGUAGAACUAACUGGAGGAAUGUAGAAUCCUUUAAGACCGAAGAUUUGGGUCACAAGAGUUGUUAUUGUUUCUGGGUUUUCUUCUGUUUUUCAUUUCUUUGUCCACGCUGUGUCCCCAUCCUUAACAAUGAGACGCUGCAGCUGCUACAAUGAAAACGUUUCGUCCUGACUCUCAAAUGAACAUCUGAAAUGUCACCGGAUGAUGUUUUUGACCCGCCCAAAAAUGAUUUAAUAACUGUACAGACAAUUUAUGAUAGAAUCUAUAAAGUCUCUUUGGAAGAAUACUAAUAAACUAGCAAUGUACGAGCACAGAUUGUCUUGCAAAAAUGUUGUAUAGAUUUAAAGUCGUUUUAAUAUGUACACAGGGAGCAAACUAAUAAAGGGUUGUCAGGAAAUCAGUGGA